GUCACGAGAAGGGAAGAAAGAGAAUGGAGGUGAUUGGAUGGCCUCACCAUCGUCUUCUUCGUCGUUCUUGAAUUCAACCUGUGGGCUUCUCGCUCUUCUGGAUUUGAACGAGAAACACGCCGAGAGUAUGGAGGAGAUGGAGACUGAAUGGAUUGUGGAUGUUCCUGAUACACCUGAUCGGUUAGCUGCCCGGCAAAUUACCGGCAGACAGUUUGUUCAGACGGAGACCGGUACAUCUUUAUCUAAUCGUUUGAGAAACCCUGACUUCAUGACACAAAAGAGGAUGAAUGGCACGAAGGGAAUGGGGGUGCUGGUCAGUGAAAAUGGGCACAAAUCAAAAUUAGAUAGUAGUCCCAAAAAUAUUCCUGGUGAUGAUUUUAAGGGCCGUAGGAACACCUUUAUUCUUUCACCAAGAGAGAAUUCUUAUGCAUCACAAAACUGUCCUUUACUUAGAAAAGGUGGAAGGGAAAAAUAUUCAUGUCAGGGGCCAAAAUUGACACCAUUUGCUUGCCCUCGCCGUGUGGAUAAAGGGAUAAAUAUAUCUGUUGAAUCUCCUUCCAAACAACCUCCUUGUCAAGAAAAUACUGUUGUUCCAAAAAUAAGAGAACAUGACCAUAACUAUAAACCUCAGACGGUUUAUCAUCAUGUUACAGCUAAGGAUUGUAUGACGGAGAACACAUUGAUUGAACAAUCUGCACGUUACAUGCCAAAUGCUCCAAAGAAACCCAGCAUCAACCUUAAAGGGAAGGAAAAAGUUAUUGAGGAAUCAUUCCAAGAUGUUGGUUUAUCCAUGAUUCAUAGAAGGGGAAUAGAAAAAUCCAAUGACACUAAUAAUCGGCAUGAAAAGCAAGUUUUGGAUCCUCAUCAUUCCACUAGCUCCCCAAGAGCUGCCGGACAUAAAAGGUUAGUACGGAAUGGUUGUAUCUCGCCUUAUAAUAUAGCAACAAAGACGAAAAAUUUAGCUGAGCAGUAUGAAAAGAGUUCUAGAGCUGUCGAUCAAAGUGAUUUAGGGAACAUGCCAUCAAGCAGUCCAUCUUGUCUGAUAGAUAUAACAGAAAUAGUUGCUGAAGACAAUCAUAGUAUCAAAGAGAAAGGAAAAGGGAUCAUGCGUCGGCCUUCUAUGUCACAUGAUGAUGAUGAUGUUAGAGUUAUUUGUGCAUCUAGCAGUGACACUGAAAAGGCUGUUGGAGCUAAUCCAGCCGGAAGUUCCAGGUUAGAUACAUCUGAACGUUCUGAAGAAACAGGUGCUUGGAGAAGAACACAUAUUCAUUCAAGGAGAGGGAUUCCCUUGCUUAAUCCAUCUGGGAGUUCCUUUAGAAAAAUAGAUAAUGUUGGAAGAUGUUCUAAUGGAAAAACUGAAAUUGUGCUGGAGAGACAAAUCGCUAGCAGGCAAGAACGUGGAGCUGAAAGUGAUUUUGCAGGAAAUGCUGGUACAACUCGAAGGGCUUCCAGCAUUGUACCCAAGAUAGACCAGACAACUGGGCCAACGCUCUCUGAAAGGAAACUAAACAAAAGGCAAAAGAAACAUGGAUCAACUUCACAGAUUAAUACUUCAUGCCAUAUUUCAGAUGUGGUGUGCCUUGAUACAUCUGGGGAGUCUUCAAAUUCAGGGUCAACUAGACUCCAGAGCCGAAAAAUUCAUGAUAAUUUGAACGAAGUUAUUGAGGUUGAUGAGUUGUCACCUGAAAUGAGACACCCUGUCUCCCAGACUGUUGGUUGCUCAAAUGAUGAUCACUCAGAUGCCAUGGCAAGACAACUUGAAGCUGAUGAGAUAUUGGCUCGUGAACUUCAGGAACAAUUAUAUCAGGAGAUGCCUAUUGGAGGAGUAGAGAUUGAUGAACAUUUAGCUAUGGCACUGCAGCAGGCGGAGCAUGGGCUUCUUGCACCUUCUCGCCGAACUUACAAUAGUCAGAGAGGCUCGUUGGUAGCACAGGCAAAUAGACGUACUCGAUCUCAAUCUUCACAAAGUAAUUCUAAUAGAACCAGGGCUCGAGUAACCCACUCUGCACGAAUGGCACAACUGAGGAAUCAAUUUUUUGGUGGCUCUCAUAGAGUGGCAACUAGACCAAGGAAUAUAAAUUUUCCUAUGAAUAUGGAUAUGGAUAUGAGGCUUGAUAUAUUGGAAGCACUGGAGGCUGCAGUUGGAGAUAUGGAAGGUGUGAGAGUGAAUAGGGACAUCUUUCACAUCCAGCGUGAUUUCAACGAAAAUGAUUACGAAAUGUUGCUGGCCCUUGACGAGAACAAUCACAGCCAUGCCGGUGCAUCAACCAACCGGAUUAAUAGUUUGCCACAAUCUACAGUACAGACUGACAGCAUGGAAGAAGCUUGUGCAAUCUGUCUUGAUGCACCGACCAUCGGAGAUGUCAUUCGCCAUCUACCAUGCUUACACAAAUUUCAUAAAGAUUGUAUCGAUCCAUGGUUACAAAGACGAACAUCGUGCCCGGUUUGUAAGUCGUCCAUCACUUGAUAUGAAUGAUGAUUUCGGGCCAUUACAGAUCUGCACACGCUCUUACUCUUUUUUGGAGCCAAGCUUGUUAGAAGGUUUUUCGCUUGAGCUCGGGAAGUCGGAAGCGUAACACUCCAAAGGUGCAAUUCUCCAUCUGUGGGGAGGAAAGUAAAAUUUCCAGCUUGAAUGGGUGGAAAUGGUUUUGAAUGAUCUGGUGGAGAAGAUGCAGAAUUUGUAUCUGUGGCAGAUUAUAAUUUUAUAAGUUAGCUCAUUGCCAUUCUGUAGAGCAAGCAAAUCUAAUUAACGAUGAACUUGUGAAAUUUAUUGGUCACGCUUGGAAUGCCCAAAAUUCAACAGCAAGAUUUACAUUUAAAUAGUUGUUAAUCAUUCUGUGGAAGUGAAAUUUUGUUUGUCA